AUGAAGAAAUCUCCUUUUAACAGAUUCUCAGAAAUUGUGAGUGCUGGAGGCAGUACAGUAUGGGGGAGUCCUGCAGAUGUAGGAAGUGUUGUAGGAGGGGAAGAAUUUGAUGUGGUUUUGGACAACAAUGGCAAGGAUCUUGAUGCUUCGAGGCCGGUGAUAGAUUGGGCCAAGAGUGCAGGUGCCAAGCAAUUCUUGUUCAUCAGUAGUGCCGGAAUCUACAAACCAACGGAUGAACCUCCUCAUGAUGUUGCCAAAGCAGAUGCUGGUCAUGUUGGAGUUGAGAAAUACAUUGAAGAAACUUUUGACAGUUGGGCACUAGACCAAGAUUAUUACCCUGGUAGGAGGAAAAGAGGCAAGGACUACAAAGAGGGCGUGUACGAGUUACCAUUCUAUUAUCCUCGUCAAGUAAGCUACUCAUCAAUUCUUAAGUCAUAUGCCUUAUGGAUUAUAUUGUAUUGUUGUUGUGAAGAAACUGAUUUCAUAUGGCAGGCUUGGGAUAAUCUUCGGUAG